AAGAAGCAACCAGAGAGGAGAAGAAGCGCGAGGGGCGAGAACAGUCCGAUCCAGCGGAGCCGGUGAACGGUGGACCACCGGGAGAGGGAGCAGAGACAGGGAGAGACCGAGUCAGAUAUAUGCAGGGAGGAGCUGUCGAUAAGAGAGCCCUUUAGAUAAAACAGACAGGGUAUUUGCAGUCAAGCGAACCGCGCUGGGAUGAGAAUAAUCUGACUUUUGCAGCGGAGCGUCCAGAGAAUUACGCACGAACGCGCCAUUCCAAGGUGUAGCAACUUUUACGCACGGACCUUGGAGAUGAGGGGUUUCACUCAUAGGGAGAAUGCUGCAUUAUUGUUACAUUUAACUGAGAUUUUGGGACGGAAACUCGUAAUCUGAUCAUUUUUGACUGGAGUUUUGACUGGACAGGGGACGCAUCGAGCACUUCUUUGGCACACGUUGCCAAUCAUUUUUUAAAUCACACAUUUGAAGACAUUCUUAGGAUCUUAGCCGGGGUUUAUUGGGACUCUCUCCUACACUGCAGACUGGUAUCAUAGGAACUGUGCGGCUGUAGCCUUCGUGUACCAUAACACUCUGCAUUACGCACCUGUCCACAGUACCCUUGACAUCUCCUCUUGUGAGUUUUCAAAACAGCUUUAUGGACACAGUCAGACGUCUAGCCUGCGCGUGAGUCACCGUGAGCAAACACUUGGACAAGCGGCGCUUAUAAGCAGUGACACAUCUGAGGAUAUUUAACAGUGCGUGCCUUCGCACAAGCGGCCAGCACACGAGACCGGGACGAGGCUCGGUGCAGCCGGGAGAUUGGACGCCGAGGUGCUAAAUGCCCAGCCGGUCGCUUGCGGCUCCUCUGGCUGGGCGGCAACAUGAGGUCCUGGGUCCUGCUGCUGCUGCUGGCUGCGCUCUCAGCGGCCCGUCUGCGGCUCGGAAGCGCUGAGGGUGAUCCACUCCCUACGUCGCUGGUCGACCUGGUGAGGAACUCUCCCAUCUCCUCUGUGGAUGACCUGAAGCUUCUGCUGCAGCAGGAAACCAAUGCAAUAGAAGAGGAAGAAGACGAGCAUGAUAUUCUCACAAACCACACCCAUGGCCGAUACACUAGAAGUCUUGUUGAGGCACAGCAGGCCCAGCAGGCAGCGUGUAAAGUUCGGACAGAGGUGAUGGAGGUGACACGGUCCAUGCUGGACCGCCGCAAUGCCAACUUCAUGUUGUGGCCACCCUGUGUGGAGGUGCAGCGAUGCUCGGGCUGCUGCAACACCAGGAUGCUGCAGUGUGUCCCCACCGUUACCUCCAGCAGAUAUCUGAAGGUGAUAAAGAUCCAGUACAUCAACAGGAAAGCCCACUAUGACAAUGCCAUCAUCUCAGUGGAAGACCAUGUCAGCUGCAGGUGCCAACCUCCCACAUCUUCAACCUCCUCCUCGUCCUCCUCGUCUGUUCCCAUCACCCGCUCCUCCAUUCUGAGCAACCCCAACCCACCUUCACCGCAGCAGCCUCCCCCCUCCUCCCACCUUCCCGUGCCCCUCCCUCGGACUGUCCACCCUGCUCCACCAAAAACUCAUGCUUCCAAGGCCGACCUCCAUCGCCACGAUGACCUGAAGCACAACCAGCAGCACUACCGCACUGAGGAGCGCGAGCCGGUGGCGAGGCAGUGGCAGCAGGGCAGUUACACCCAGCUGGUGCACUGGACGCAGCCCAGGGUGCACCAGGGGCCCACACUUGUGCAGCCAGGGGUGCCGCCGAUUGUUGGGGUGCUCGGGCCGGCCAGCAGCUGGCCAUCUGAAGCAAGGGCAGAGCAUAGUAUCAUGGGAAGUACACCGCAGGUUGGGCAUGGGAGCGGGUAUGACGGCAGCAGGGAGGAAAGUGGCGGGCAUGUAGCAAACAGCGGUGGGGGAGUGCAUCAUCCAGAUCACAUUCAAAGGCAACAACAGUUGUUACAGCAUCAGCAAAGGCAGCAGCUUCAGCAGCAAUAUCAGUAUCAUCAUCAGCCACAUUAUCCACAGCAGCACAGCCAUGGAGCAGCUGAGGACCCAGAGCUGAGGACACAAUAUCGACUAAACGCUCCCCAAUCAGACAGCGCCUCUCCACCCAGCAGCCCAACCCAGCUGCCCAAAUUUGAACAAAACGCCACCCUUCCUAUGACCACCAAUCAGAAAGACUCAGUGACCAGCCAAAAAAGUACAAAGGUCACAAAUCACAGACAGACUGAGACAGUCAGUCAUAAAGAAGGGAACGAGAGGGAGGAGAGUGGGUCGUCCAAUAGUGGUGACACAGCCCGGGCAGAGCUGGCCAAUCAGGGGAAGGAUAAAGACUCAAAAUUGACCAGUGGGGAUGGUCAUUUAACAGAGGAGGAGAGGAGAAAGAAAACUCUGGAGACGGUACAGAGCGAACUGGAUCGAGAGACUCAUCUUCAUCCGCAUCAUCCUCAGCAAAGACCAAAACCGACUACAUUUAAAACAGCCCUCUCCACUGUGGCUCCCAUCUCGCCCUCAGCCCGUCGUGCCCCGUUCCGACCUGCCUCGCCUCGCCGAAGGAGGAAACACCGCAAGCGCAUCAGCAAAGCAGCCAUCAGAGCCAUGAUCAUGUAGAGCUGCAGGCAAUGGUAAAGCUACUCAAAAACCUUUGGCCAGACACAUUGCACCAAAGGAAUACGGAGAGACAAGAAACAUGGGAUUCUUCGAUGUGGGAUGAUUGACUCUGUGGAUGGAUGCUGAGGUGAAGGACACGGCUGCUGUUUUCAGCCAACAGCUUUAGACAAAGUCACCUUUCCUGCUCCAGAGCUGCCGCAGAGCGUCCAGCUUCAUGGAUAUAACAAAAGUGCAAUCUUAUGAACUUCUUGGAAAGGAGGAUAUUUGUCACACUAAACACUGGAUUUCAUGUGUAUGAACCACAAAUCCCAUUAACGUGGAUCGAUGCAAGCUUAGCAGAUGUCCAAAGCAAGACUGGUGGUCUCUCCUUGCAGUUGGCAGCCAUUGAUUGGCUUCUUAAAAACUUUUGACUUGUAGCGCAACUACUGAUAGGUGCACAAAUGGAGAACUUGAUUAUGACUUGGACUAAGAAUAAGUCAUUAUUGGGGGCUUAAUGUGGAGCUCGAGAUGAAACUGGAGAUGUGCAGAACUGGAUUUCUACACUGGGACGAUAACUGGAAACUGGAGAGUGCAGCUCAGGCCUCAAUGCCAAACAUUACUGUUAUCCUACAAUGUCUGAAUCUAACUUUAUCUAACACUGGAGUAGCCAUACACUGAUCAUACUACAUUGACUAGAGAAGUGGUCUACCGUGUACUGUAGCUUAAUGUACUGGAAAUUAUCGAUAACCUGCUCAUUUUGUACUACUGCCAGAUCAAAAUGGGAUAACAACCAAAUGCCUGCCUAGAUAACAUGCUAUGAAUAUCCACAUUAAAGCAAGUCUUAAAGACCUGGCUUUUAGAGAUCGCUGUGAGCCAGUUAUAGCCAACACUGUAUGUAUAAAUGCUUUUAGAAAAUGAUUUCUGGGGGAAAAAGAAAAACUUUAUUUCUUAACUUAUUUAAAAAAGGAGGAAGAAGUCCUCCAGUUCUCAAGUGUAAUUAUUGUUGCAGACGUUUAUUGGUUGUACAACUGUUGCUGUUAUGAAUGUUAUUUUUAAUAAAAAAUACAAAUAUUCAACAAA